CCAACCCACAACCUGACCACUCCCACCAACCAACCCACCCAACGAACACAACCACCAUGAAACCAACCCCCUUCCCCUUCGCCCUCAACAUCGGCACCGACAUCGUCCACCUCCCGCGAAUAACCCGCCUCCUCGCCCGCCCCAACUACCUCACCCGCUUCACGCACCGCAUUCUUCACGCCCGCGAACAACAAGACUUUCGCACCCGCUUCUCCCUCCCUCCGUUAUCCUCCUCUUCCGCAGCUCAAACGCCCACUACUCCUAGCAUAAGUAUAUCCCCCGACAUGACGCGGUGGCUCGCGGGCCGGUUCGCGGCCAAAGAGGCCGCGCGGAAAGCGGCGCCCCGUGGUGCGGCGCAUAUUAGCUGGAAGGAUGUGGUGGUUACGGUAGCGGAGGAGGGGGGUAGGCCGGAGGUGGUAUAUUUAGAUGGGGAUGGGGAUGAGGCUGGGAGGGUAGGGAAAUUAUCCAUAUCGCAUGAUGGGGAGUAUGUGGUUGCUAUGGUGGUGGCGGCGGGGUGAGGUUUAUUCUUCUAGAAUUGGGUAUAGGGAUGGGGAAUCAUAUAAUGGAAUAAUGGGCUGUGAGGGUUGGUAAUGUUUCAGUCUGGGUUCUUCUGAGUGAUGUCACGCUGAGAGGGUUGGAUUGUGGCUAUAGCUGCGAUUGGGGUAAUAUUUGGAUGGAGGAAGUGUGAAGAUAGCCCUGCUUGGUGGGAGGGGGCAAUGUGGUAGAGCUAGCUGGCUAGCUUUGUAUACACACUGGAG